UAGACAUUCGCUUCGUUCCGCUCUUCAAAUUCUUUACACGAGGCGUUUUAAAAUUUGCUGAGCUUUCAUCGUUGUUUGCAGUUUUCUCACGGGUCAAACGCAUAUUGCUGAUUUACAAAAAUUUCAAGCUAUCCGUGACAUCUCCUGGGUUUCAAACAAGAGGCCUUUUUUUGGACAUUAUGCGGCUUUUUUCACCGUGCAGGUGGUAGUGUAUCGUAAACAUACUUGGUAAGUUAAGCGUAACGUGUUUUGUACGUGAUUGAAGUUGAGGACAAUGGGCAGUUAAAAUUUUCAAACCACCGACAGAUUACUCCGACACCCAGGAGUUUAUUUCGCUACAGUUUUAAGGACCAUUUGAGAGCAUUUAACUUUUUUUGCAUGGAGAAAUUGCGGUGAAGUUUCGAUGCUUUUUGGUUGUUUCGAAUCGCGGGAAGAAGUUCACUUCGUGGUCGUGGGAAAAAACUCAUGUUUAUCGUAUCAAAGAAUGUGAAAACUGCGUUAGUAUUUCGAGACCUGAUAGUAAAGUUUGAUAGCGUGAACUUUAAGUAGCCUUGUUUUAGCACGGGUGAGGACUAAAAUCCCUUACUUUACGUCGACAUAGGUUUUUUUGAAAGGUAAACGUCGAGAUGCCGGUCACACGAAACAGAUUUUUUCCUUUCAUUUGUUGAUUUUUAUUUAUCAGUCAAGGUCAAUUUUUCUAACUGUUCGGUGGCAUAUACUGCCGCAGCUGAGUAGUCACUGUGUUUAAAGGUUUGUACGUCUUUCAAAGUGAUGAAUUAUUCACAAAAUUAUCUCAUUUCUCACAUGCAGGGGUCGGUGCAUAACCACAAAGCCGGAUUCCACUCAUCUCCCUUCACUACGAAUUACGAAACGCCCAAAUCGUGAACAACGAAGAGUACUUUCGAGGGCGAAGGUCGUUUUAGUGGUUAUCUUGCUUAAAUUUUGCUGCACAAUAUCGGACCAAGGACUGUAAAAUCAAUAUAUAGUAUUUUUAUAGGUGACGAAAUCUGCUUCAUUCAAUACGGACGUCGUCUGACUCGAGAAAUUCAGCACGUUUGUUCGUUCACCGUAUCUCGUGCGCCGGUAAAGCGAUCGAAUUUGUGGCGUUUUGUAAGAAGAUGAAUGGUAGUAUUCUUUUGAAUGGAAGUCAGAGAUCAGAAUUAGUUAUUUUAGUCAAGGGAAAACGAUAUAGACCUGUUAUGGCUUCUGCUCCCGCAAACAAGGAAAAUGUCUCUCCUGAGAAAGACAUGGAGUGUUUGUCAGACAGUUUCCAAAAGAGUCUUACAAUGAAUCAUCUCGAGAAAGAUGGACGUUAUUUUCUGGAUGUAAUGGAGAAGGAAAGCGAACGAUUAACGCGGCUUUGCCAAAUUGCAGAACAAGAGAUGGAGAGUAAAUCGCUUCCAGAAGACGGUAAGAUAUUUUGAGGUUAUUGUUGGGAAAGUGUACAAUGUAUUCGAUGAAAGGUACGCUUUUGAUUCUCGGAGGUGUACCCAAAGACUAGUUUCACCACUUUUGCGUAAUCAUUUUUGCAGAAAAUAUCUACUCGAAGCUAUCGUUAUGAAAUUUCAAAUUGGAUAGCCCCGUUCGUGUUUACUUUUGCUGUCUUCGUGUUAAUUUCUGGCUAUGUGGUUUGGUCGUAAAAUUUCAUAAAGCGUUACUACAAUUUUUUUACAUUUAUUUACUGGCGAAGGAAAAAUUACCGUUCUCAAAUCAAAGGAGGAAGAACUGUAUUCACUCUUUAAUUUGUAGGUGGAGGAGUUUAUGCACCGUAUCAUCAGCUGUUGCAACGAAUCUGCAUAGCACAAGUUUAAUGUCAAAAAAUUUAGCUCUCAAAUUUUCUUUGUGUAUUUAACAUCCUGUGAUCCAACUGUUUUUUCAAGAGGCUUGACAAACAUGCUCUAAAAAGUAUCUGACAUGAUGUGUGAAUGCAGAUCUAGGGCAUGUACCAACAAUAGAAUUUACUGGAGAAGGGAGAAUUUUCAACACUAAUCAGCUGUUUACAUCUAAAAUGUCCACACCUUAAAUUACUGUCCAUCAUUUCCAGCUGGGAAAUAUUGGGAAAUGAAAAAAUGUUACAAAAAUGGUUAUGUCGAGCUCCUCAUAACUUUCUUAGUGUCAUUUUGAGGAAUAUAAAAUUUGAUAUUUAUUUUUUCAUUUUACAUGUCUAGCUGGAAGAAAAUUGCUUUGUGCUAAUAACUUGAUUUAUGCAAAUCAGUGUUACGUGAAUAUUAUUUUAAGUUGCCUUUUUAACGCAGAAAGCUAGUUAGCAAAUCCUUAACUCAAGAAAUCAUAAUUUUUACUUAGAAAACAGAUUAAAGUUUAUCUCAUUUUUCUCUAAGUAAAUUCCAACUAAUUGAUGUUAUCAAAUUGCAGUUGUGCUUUCAAUUUUGAUGUUACGUUAGUAAUUUGACUAUUUAUUGUGUAGUUUUGUGGUAAACCUCGCCCACAAUAUAUUACUUAAACUUGGCGUGAGUUACAUCACAACAACAUUAUUAAUGAUUUCAAAAUAUUUAAUUGUUUUGAUGGUAGUUACUAGCUACAUGUAGCGACCAUAGAUGAGAUCUGUUUGUUGAAUUUCAUACUUUCAGAUGAAAGUAUACUAUAGUAAGUAACUUGUGACCAGUUUCAUAUUUGGUCAAAGUGACAUUUCAACUAGCAAUUGACUCCUUCCAGUCAUUUCUGCUCAUGAAUUUUUUUCAUGAACACCAGAUGUGUGUAAUCGUGAUUGUUUGUCUCCAGACACCAUCAGCUGCAUAGAUUUUUUUACCUUCAUAAAAAUACCAUUCCUUUACCUAUACUGGUUUAUCACAAGUUUCAAAGAAUAUCCUUCAAAGGAAAAAAGUACAGGAAAGCUUUCAUAAAUUGAUAUUGUGCAUUUGAGGUUACUUGUUGCAAUAUAUCACAAAGGAGCUAGGUUGUCUACUAAGUCUUCACUUGACCUGAAUUUCAGAUUUUACCUUACAAAGUUGCCUCAUUCUACAGAUCUGGCUCUUAAUGAUACCAAAACAGAGUCUCAAACAAAUCAAAACAGAUUUUCUUAGAGAAAGUUUGGGUAAAUGGGAACAUGAGGUCUUUGUAAAGAGCAGAUACAAAAUUAAAAAUUGACAAACUAAACUGUAGCUAAAGAAAACUUAACCCUUUACACCCUAAGAUCAGUAUGCACAUUCUCCAUACUUUUUUCUAUACAUUUCCUAAGGUGCUGAUAAGGAGAUUUUGUGUAACAAUCAAGAGCUCCUGUACUUGUUGAUCAUUUCCAAUGUUCUCAUGACCUCAAUGUUUGAUUCAGGGGUGAUAUUACAGAGAGAAAUUAGAUGUUAGUCACCUUUAGGGGUUAAAGGGUUAAAUGGAUAAAAGGGGUAGGCUUCUAAAGAAUUUGUGGCACUGUAUCAGUGGGGGGGGGGAAGGGGGCAUCAAAGAUAAUUUGGUUUUAUCAAUGGAAUCAUUAACUAAAGGUUAAUUGGUUACCACUAUGUUCGACCUUAGUCUCUGAUGAAGAGCUAACCCUUGAAAUGUCGCCUUUCAAAACUUUUUACAAUGGCCAAUUUACAUUAUCAACUCAGUUGAUGAAAACCAAAUUAAGCAUGCUUGGAUAGUUAAAUCAAACAAUCAGCUCUUUGGUUUGUAUCAACUCUCGAUAAUUGUAUUAUGAUAGUGACUCUCGCAUGUUGAGGAAAGAAUCUUUCAUCGACUCUUUUUAUGGAAACUACAUAAAUCUCUGUUGUACACAAAUGCCAUUCCGACAAGCUUUUCUCUCUGGGACAAUUAUUAGACAAUCCCAGUGACCUUAGCUUUAACAAUACCCCUGUAGGUCUCUUAAGCAAUGCCAAAACCAACUCUCAUAUUGAGAUUUGUCAUCAAAACAAAGGUAACUCUCUGCUGAACAGUAAUUUUUACUAUAUAGUGGAUAGUGUUGGUCACCUUCAGUGUUGUAGUGCUUAAGAUGAUGUUAUAGUAAUAGCCAUUAAUUUUUUACUGUGUUAUUGGGAGAUAUUAUCCAUUUAUUUGGAAAAUAGCCGUAAUAAUACAAAUGUUUUGUCAGAAUUUAUACUUUAAACCUUUUCAUUUUGGCACACUGUAAUGUGGGGCUAAAUUUUUAGAAUUGGUGUUUCAUCACUGAUACCAUAUUUUGUAUUGUCGCUCUCAAUAUAUAUCUUGGGACAUGUUUCCUGUAAAGCAUUGUUACUAUGGAUUUUUUCUUAGUGACACUUUUCUCAGAGUUAAAUAUUGAAUUCUUAAAUAUUACUUUAGUCUAGGUUUGUUUAAGAUAAUUUUUGUUGGUAUUUAAAUGAGAAAUAUUUUCCCUGUGAGUAUUAUUGAGGUUUAUGAAUUUUGAAUGCCUUUUUUGAGAGUAAAAAAAAAAAGGAGACAUUUGUUGGAAUAUUUAAAGCCAACAUAAAAAAAUAAUUUGUGAUAUUGUACUUUCUAAAGGUUUUUAUCAAAUAUUCAUUUUUGUCGGCAUCUUAUUAAAGUUUUCCCUUUAGGUAUUGAUAUUGAGGUUUAGGAAUUUUGAAUUCCCUCAUGGAAAGACAGAAAUGAUUGUUUUACAAAACUUUAUUGUCAAGUCCACAAGUAAAUUCCACUCAAGAUGUGUUUUAAAAUAAUUUGUGAUAUUGCCCCAUGCUUGUCACAUACAUGUAUGGACUUGUAAUGUUCUUUCCGUUCUUAAAAAUGGAUACAAUUUAACAUCCAUAUGCUUGAUAUUAGACCAAAAUAUUUUUGAGCCAGUAUAUUGAGAUAGGAGAAGGCUUAAAUUAAACACAGACUGAUGCAUUGUGAUGUUGAAAAAAGGUUUUUUUUUUGCCUUUGUGGUUUUUUGUUUCCUCCAGUUUCAUUAGAUGCUGAAUAUCAUAUUACAUAUUGAGACAGCUAUUGAUUCAAUAUAUUCUGUUUUUUAUUUACUUUGAAAUUUCAUUUCAUAAAAUUGUAUCAACUUUUUUUUGACAAUCACAAAUUCUUGAUUCAAAAAUCAUUUUUAAUGCACAAUUAUGAAUUUUUUUCUUUGAGUACUUUAUGGAGUGGUUAAAUUCAUUUGAGUAUUCAAUGGAUAUCAAAACCAGGGUGACAUGCAACUGUUAACAAUUUUAACAUAUUUAUGUGUUGUUUCUCUCUUUCUCUCCAAGCAUGUGGGAAAAUUAGAGCAGCCAAUGGCAAGGCCAAGCUUUUGGUCAAUAAAAAGUUCAAGCAAUUCAAAGGACUAUGUGAUACAAACUUGGUAAGCUUUGUGAGAAAAUUUGACACAGUCUAUAAUAUUGACUGUAUGUCACAAGGGUUAAAUCCAGGGGUUACACCCAGCCUUGUAGCUGAUUGUUAAAGGUCGCAGGAGAGUUUUUAUUACAAGACAAAUUAUCUCCACCUGACUCUGAUGAUGACUUCUGCUUAGGUUCUUAAGGCAACAGUCAAUUGCUGUCUCAUCAAUAGUCCUUUUUUAAGGCUAACUUUACACAGCCCCCCUCCCUAAGAUAUUUACCCUUCACAAUCCAAUAUUAGCUUUGUAACAGAUACAUUGGGCGACAAUUGGACUUGUCCGUGGUUCAAGAACCAUUCACAAGUGAAGUUGAACAAAGACAAGCACUGAGUCAAAACAGUAGAGUUGAGGAAAAUAACAGUGAUUAACAAAAGGAAAAAAAAUGAAGAAUUUCAGAGAUUUUUAUGCUGAGGCAAACUCAGUGUCUAGCUGUGGGCUUGGAUUUUUGAGUAAUUGUUUUUUUAUUGAUUUACUAAAUAGUCAUCUUUCAUGACCAAAACUGUAUUUUAGUUUUUUUUUUUUUUUUCAAACAAAGUACAGCAAAUGGUAGUUUUUCCAAUUGAGAAUAUUUUGAGAAGAUUGUUCCUUUCCUGACUGGUUGAUAGUUUAUUUCAUGCUUCUUUUUUUUUAGGGUGUUGGUGAAACAAAUGGUAGAAGGCCUAGCAAUGGGGAUCUUGCAGGUUUCUGGGAUAUGGUUAUGAUACAGGUAUGACUCUUACUAUUUUUUUAUGGUAACAGGAUAACAUGAAGUCCAAAGCCUAUUUUGGUCGGGAACCGCAUCCAGUUUCGAAUUAACUUUUUUGCAUGCACCAUGCCUUACACAUGCACAAUGCAUUUUUAUAACCCAAAUAAAAUUGUGAAAUCAUAUCCUCUUUUGUAGGUUGAUGAUGUGAACAGCAUGUUCUCCAAGAUUGAUGAACUACGUAAAAAUGGAUGGAUCCUACCACAGACAUCUACUGAUGAGGUAGAAUAUCGUCACUAAUUGUCUGUACUUCAGGGUGAAAAAUGUUUUCCUUGACUAAGUUUUGCAGUCUAAAAGUUUAGCCCUCACUAUGUUGUAUUUAUGUAUGUGUAUACUUUUACUCUACAGACUGAUUUUUCAAAACGCUCUUCAUUAACACGUCAGUCGUCACUAACGAGGCAAUCAUCAGUAGGGAAAGGUUCGAUAAGGAGGCAAAAAUCCAAAGAAGAAGUGAAAGCUUCUGAGGCUGAGCAGCGAGCAGCAGCACGACAAAGGUUAGCUGCUGCAAAACGAACAGCAAGACAAAGGAUGCAACAGAAAAGUAAUCCUCUGGACAAUGUAGAAAUAUUUUGUUCGCCAAAAAAGUAAAGUAGUUAUUUGAAAGAGAAUGUUAAGAGUCAGAGUAUAGUUUUAGAAGCAUAUUUAUUGAAGAAUUUUUUUAAAUUGGAGUACUGUAAGAUGCCAUUUAAAGUUAUUACUGAAGGUCUUUUCCAAUUUGCCAAAAUAAAUACAUAGUUAAAUGAUAAGAAUUAAUUUGUAAAGCUUUCAGUGCACAGGAUGUUAACUUAUUAUCAGGAUUUUCAUCUCUAAAGUUUGACAGAUACUUGUUUUGAAGGACUGUGAAAAAAGCUCAAGCCACAUUGACAUGUAGUUAUCAUUGUCACUUCAUUUAAACAACGGCGUAUGAAGAAAUAUGCUUUGAUAAUCAUAUAGUUUUUAUCUCUACUUCUAAAAUAGAUCAAUGGAAUUUAACUCUGAUCAUUUUUUUAAGGUUCUGAAGAGUAAGCUGAUGGUUUAAAAAAUUGUCUUAAUUGUGCUCAUAAGGAAAAACUUGGUCCUAUCUUUUCCAUCUCUUGACAAUAUGUUUCAAAACAGACGUUUUUUUGUCAACUGUGAGUCAUUUGGGCUUGUAAAUUUAUGUUCAUGUAGUUCAGAUUACUGAGUUGUUUUCAAAAUGGUGGCAACCAUAGUUGAAUUUUUAGCAUGUUUGUAGACCAUUUUGAAUAUUCAGGUUACUCUUUGAAAUCCUAAAACAUGGCCAGUACCAGCAAUUUUUAUAUAUACUUUGAAAUGGCAGCGAUAAAAAUUAUCUGGUUUCGUAAGCAUGCUUCUUUAAUUUUGCAUAUCUGACCAGUGAUCUAUACUUUUAGCCUCUAAACAUUGGUCUUUGUUGAGCUAACGCCCCCUGCUAGCUGAGUUUUCUUUCAUCUCUUUAGCCAUUUCCUUGGCAAUGAAAUUUGAAGAAAGAGAAAUGUUACCUAUUAAUUAUCCUUAGAAGUUAAAAGGCUAAGAUGUUAAUUUAAUACAAGGGUGUAGAGGUGUUUGGUGUUACUUAAGUCUUGAAGACAUGGCUACACUCAGAAAAACAAUAUGUAAGGCCAAAUUACAACUCUUGAAAUUUCAUGUUCACCAUUAACUCAUAAUUCAUUAGUGGAAUCAUAUCGCAUAUGGGGAAUGUAAAUAUGGGCAGUGGAACAUGAUAAGAAAUUUCUGCUUCUAAUUUCCAUUUUUACUUGGUCUUUAGAGAUGUGUGCAUCAUAACUUUAAACAUUAUAUUAUGAACAUUUUUGAGAUCAGUGUUGAAAAAAAUAUAUUUAUUUGCAUUUUUUUGUUGGUGGAGAAAUAUGAGAACGUUGGUGUACCACUUAUGUCCUGCUAGUGAAAGUAGCUUCAGAGUACAGUUUUCUCAUGCCUUUUGUAGUUGUGGACAUAGUGGAAGGAACGUGAACCCCAUUAUCUCACUGUAAGGGAUAGUUUGGUAAAAAAUUUAAAGAGAGGUUUCAAAGCUGUAUCACAGUGAGGUGAAAUUUUAGAUACUCUUUUGUAAAUUAUAAAAACUAGUUUAUAGUCUUUGUGUUCUACUAUUAAUUUUUUUUGUUCUUACCAGUAAGUUUAGAUCAAGGAGGGAAAGUGUUAACAACAACCCUACAUGAUUAUUUAUCGUGUUAAAAUAAAUUUGAUGUGCAAUGGCUUUUUUAGUGUAGGUCCCUGGAUCAAUUUAGAGUUGUUUUGUCAGAAGUAAGAAUAUCCAUAUAAAUAAAGCAGCUGAAUAAAUCUUAAUAAAUUCAGGUGUCUUUUUAGAGCAAUGUAAAUUGUCUUCACAGUGUUGAUUUGUCAUCAAUGCUUGUGAUUUGAACACCAAGUUGCCAGGGCUGUCUUGUGACAAAGUGUAUGGCAGACAGUGUAGAAAACUACUUUCAAGGUCUUUAGGUGAAAGUGUCAAUCAUCCAAAGUCUAAGCAAUAAGUAAUAUUGAUGUAUCUGCCACCUUCCAGUGUGACUGUUCUUAGCACUUCUCAGUCGAGAUCUAAACUUAACAAGUCAUUGAGUUUGUUAGUAUUUAUUGUAAACAAUGAGUAAAUCUCACAGAUUACUUCAAUGUUGUCAGCAAAGAUUAUUCUUUCAAAGUUCAUUUUAAAUAUUGUAAUUUUCCACCUAGAGAAUCUUGUGUUGAUGGAAGGAGUAGUUGUGUAUGCAUAAGUUUAAUCUCAAUUUUACAGGUUUGUAUAAUUUUGAAGUUUAUUGAACUACUUUGCAAACCUUGCUUGUAAAUGGUUAUAUCUCCUUCAAAAUUAGUAGCAGAAUCAAUGGAAUUGCAUGCUUCAUGUUGCUUGUUUGAAUUUAUCAUUCUAAGAUUUUUCAUUUCGUCUUUAUCAU